GGGGAAUCAACUAACGUUAUUAGGUGGAGGCUUUCUCUUCUUCUUCUUCUUCUUCUUCUUCCUGCUCUCUUCAGGUUCUUCAAGUUUCCGGUUUUGGUUUUGGACAGUUUUUGAGAAAGAGAAGAAAACAUGUUCGGUCAAGAGAAAACAAUGUCACUGGAGCAUGAGAUCUUGAAGGAGAAUCACGAGGCUCUGAUGAAAGACUAUGAGUGUCUUCAGGAAAGUUUCAAGCACACUGAGCAGACUUAUGAGGCUAUUAAGUUGCAUCUUCAGAAACAAGCUAAGGAGUUUGAGGAGAGUAACAGACGCUUGCGUGAGGAAUGUGCGAGAGAGAGAAGUGAGAAGGAGGAGAUUAAGAAGAUGUUUGAGGAGAUUAGGAAGGUAAGGGAUAGUGCCCAAGAUGCUAUCGUUGAGAAACUGGUGAAGCAAAAGAAGGAGCUUUUGUUGGCGAGGAUGAAGGAUGAAGAAGAGCUGGUGAAAAUUGAGAACAAGUAUGUGGACUUAGCUGAGAAGUUUGUUGUUGUUGAAGCUGAAUGUGCAUAUUUGAACUCGCUCUAUGAUGCUGAAGUGGCAGCUUCCGUUAAUCAAAGUGCUGUAGUGUCAGGGAAUGAAGAGACUGAGACUGAUAAUCUCGUUGGUCAAGGCGAGAACGAGGUGAAUCAUAAUGCUAACAAUGCUGGAAAAGAUGCAAUAAUGCUAACUGAUGACAGUGAUGCUGAACAUGACAAGCCUCCAACUCCAAGAAAGAGUAACAUAAGCUCUCCUCAGCCUGUUGAUACAAGCAAAGAGGAACAAGGCAGGAACAGAGAAAACUCACCCAAAGAGAACCGAGCUUCGGGAGAAACCGUCAUCCCCAGACCUAUUAGUAAUUCACCACCUAUCACUCCUUCAUCAUCAGCAUCGUUAUCCUCUUCAUCAUCCUCCGACGACUAUGAAGUUAUUGUAAAGCUUCCGCAUAACUGGCCCGAGUGGGCAACCCCUAAAGGUCCAAGUAGCGGUUCCAACAAGUCUUAGAAGAACAUUUCAGAUGCAGAGAACUAAGAGCCAGAAGAAAUGAAUCUGAAGCUGCAGUUUUAAGUUAACCUAGUUAUGGCAAUCUUCUUACAUAUGUAGACAUCUUAUUGCUUUUUCUUCGUCUAUGAGUUUAUAUCGAAACUACAGUCAAAUCCCUUCCAAAUCAGUACUAAUCUUUCAUGAGUUAUAUAAUAUAUAACAGCUUCUGUUCUA